AUUAUUUCAGCUGUUGUUCUGCACUCACCUUCAGUGUGUGUUCCACUAUGUACCGCGAAAGGACUGACUGGCACAGGACAAAACGAGAGAGAAAAGUCCGCAUGCUACAGAAUGUCGGAUGACAGGAGUACUAUGCUGCGCAUCCUUGAGGAGCCUCGGAUGCGGGAGGAAGCGGAGAGACUUCGGACCUUCCAGAACUGGCCUGCAGAUGCACAAGUAGCUUCAGGAGACCUGGCUAAGGCGGGCUUCUUCUUCCUGGGUUCUGGGGACAAAGUCCAGUGUUUCUGCUGUGGAGGGGUUUUAAGGUUCUGGGAGCAGGGUGACAGCCCCGCCGUUGAGCAUAAGCGUCAUUUCCCUACUUGCAGCUUCAUACUGGGUCGAACUGUGGGGAAUAUUCCACUGGCGGUGGGCUCCUCAGACUCUGUGGAUGGCCAGCUGUUGAGUCAGCUCCAGAGGAUGACUAUGGAUGACCAGGGAACAGCUGGGCAAGCAGUGUAUCCCGAGAUGGAGACAGAGGACUCUCGACUUACCACUUUCCACAACUGGCCCACUGAGGCCUCGGUGCAGCCAGAUGUUCUGGCCCAAGCAGGGUUUUUCUACACAGGUCAUGGUGACAAUGUCAAAUGCUUCUUCUGUGAUGGAGGACUGAGGAACUGGGAGUCAGGGGAUGACCCCUGGCAGGAACAUGCCAAGUGGUUUCCAAGAUGUGAGUUUUUAAUCCAGUCACGAGGGCAGGAGUACAUUAGCAACAUCCAGGAUGCUCAUUUCCACCUGGGUGAUACCAUGCUUGGUUUCCAGGGAGGAUCACAGACAUCCACAGGCAGAGACGUUGGUGGCAGAAAUGAUAUGGUCGGAGGCCUGGGAGCUUCAUCAGCCAUGCUCUCUCCUGUUGUGCAGACUGUGCUGCAGAUGGGGUUUGAAGCCGGCGUGGUGGAGAGUCUGGUCCAGACCAAGUACCUGCUGACAGGCCAGUACUACACCUCAGUGUCUGAGCUGGUUACUGAUGUUCUGCAAGCAGAAGAGGAGGAGAGGCAGGCAGGGCCAAACAGCAGAGAACAAGAGAGGAGCCUGGGAUCCAGUGCAGGAAACAUGAGGACCGAGACACCCAUCCCAAAGAGAGUAAAGGAUCAAAGUCCCGAGGAGCUGCUGAGGCAGCUGCAGGAAGAGAGAACCUGUAAAGUCUGCAUGGACAAGCUGGUAUCCAUCGUCUUCAUCCCCUGCGGUCACCUGGUGGUUUGUGGCGAUUGCGCCACCAGCCUGCGUCACUGCCCCAUCUGCAGAGCUGUCAUCAGAGGCAGCGUUCGUGCUUUUAUGUCUUAGGGCCGUAGUUAAAAACUGCUGCUGCACUGGUGUUGCACAGUAUCCCUUUGAAUUUGCACUGCCUGCAAAUUUUUUUUUAAUGAAUUUAUAAAAAUAAGGAGUGCUGCUUUUAUAAUGUUAUACAAUAAAACUUUUAGGUUUCA